ACGGACCCCAAGUAUCCCUCGUCAUGUAUGCAGCGCCCUCUGCUCUCCUGGUCCUGGCUGUGUCUCUCCUUGUCUGUGUGAUACGUAGAUGCCGAAGACGGAGAGAACUUCGGAAAUUAAGGUAUGCUGCCUACCUGACCGUACUGAACAACAGAGUGUCGUUUGUCAGCAGUGAGUCCCCCUACGCUAGAGUCCAUGACGAGGGUGUCAGCUUGUCCCACUCCGGCAUGAGGCAUGCCACCUACCUUCAAGGAGUGGCCAACAGAGAAUCUGCCACCACCGAACGCCACUAUGACACCACCGAACGCCACUUUGACACCACCGAGCACCACUAUUACACCGCCGUAUGCAACUAUGACACCAACGGACGCCACUAUGCUGCAAUCAAUGACGAAGAUGUCCUCUAGUCUGAGUCAGUCCACGGGUCUAAAUUCUAUUGUUGACUACGAAUCUGUCCAGUAGGAUUUACACUUCCACAGUUCUGUAUCCUGUAGGCCUACAUAUGUCAUCGCUCACCACUGAUGUUGAUUUCUUUCAGAUUUUUUAUACAUUUUCGCUCAAUGUUUUUUCUCCGAUAUUUUUCGAUAAUAGAUCGAUAAUAUGUUAACGAUGAUCGAUCUCCGUGAUCAAAAUCGAUAGCCAGCCCUAGUGGAUGCAGUGAUCAGAUGACUACGAGCCAGAUGAACACCUCCUUUCUACACUUCUGCUCACAGAUGAAACAUUGUACAUAACUAUUUCUUCAACUGUUUGUUGUUUGCAAUGCCUGAUCUAUGGCUGCCAGUUCUGCUGUGAAGACAUUGGAGUUUGCUGGGAGAUUAUAGGAUUGUUUUAGGCUUUUUGGGGGUAUGUAGAUACCAAAACCAGCAUUACCAUUUCGGUUCAUGAAUCCGUCAGUAUAGAUGUGAAGAUUAUCUUGUGGGUUGUAAUUUUGUUGUAUGGAUUCUUGCACUGUGGAUUUAUUAAGUUUAUUGUGUUCAGUAAGUUUUGUGUUGGUCAGGAUGUUUGGCAGUAAUGCUGGAGGAAG